AUCUAUUACACGUGAUAAAGUCUUCAUAUAGGUGGUGUUGAAACCUAGCUCUAUUUCUGACUCAAACGGACACAAACAUCUCAAAGGGGCUUGUCAAAAUGUCGUCUGUUCCCAUGUCCGCCCUUUCUGCUGAGCAGCGUGACGAGUUGCUUUGCAUCUACUCAUCUUUGAUUUUGUACGACGAGGGUCUCGACAUCAGUGCUGAGAACAUCACUAAGCUGAUCAAGGCUGUUGACAUCAACGUACAGCCCUUCAGGCCUAUGCUUUUCGCCAAGGCUCUUCAGGGCAAGAACAUCGCUGAACUCUUUGCUGGUGUUGGUUCAUCGGCUGCUGCUGCCCCUGUUGCUGCCGCUGGAGGUGCUCCCGCCGCUGCUGAGGACAAGGCUGAGGCUAAGAAGCCCGAGGCUGAGCCUGAGGAGGAAGAGGACGACAUGGGUUUCUCUUUGUUCGACUGAGCGACACACCUUGGUGUUUUGCCAACAUGCUUUAAAGCUCAAUUUCUGCUUUUAGAAUAUCU